ACAAACCAUACUAACAACAACCAACAAAAAAAAAUGGCAGUUCCAUCCAGUGCAAGCACAUUAUCCAAGUAUUUGGCUUUAGAUCAAAAAGGCAAAGUACAAGUAGAAUAUAUAUGGAUUGAUGCUUUUGGUCAAUUACGAAGCAAGACAAAGACAGUGGACAAGGUGCCCAGUUCAGCCGCAGAUUUACCAGAAUGGAACUUUGAUGGAUCUUCUACUGGUCAAGCAGAAGGUCAUGAUUCUGAUGUCAUCAUGGUGCCUGUAGCUCUUUACAAUGAUCCUUUCCGUGGUGGUGAUAACAAGUUGGCUUUAUGUGAUCUCUAUAAUCCUGAUGGUACUCCUCAUAAGACCAAUCAUCGUCAUGCUUGUGCCAAAAUCAUGGCUGCUCAUGCUGAUGCCAAACCAUGGUUCGGUAUCGAACAAGAAUAUAUGCUCUUUGAUCCAGAAACAAACAAACCUUAUGGUUGGCCCAAACAUGGUUUUCCUGAACCUCAAGGAAAGUAUUACUGUGGUGUAGGAGCUGGAAAGAUCUUUGGUCGUGAUAUUGUGGAAGCUCAUUAUCGUGCUUGUUUGUUUGCUGGAAUCACUAUUUCUGGUGUCAAUGCUGAAGUGGCUCCUGGUCAAUUUGAAUAUCAAGUAGGACCUUGCGAAGGGAUUGCGAUGGGUGAUGAACUAUGGAUGGCAAGAUACUUGUUGGAUCGUGUAUCUGAAGACUUUGGUAUUGUGGUAUCCAUCCAUCCCAAACCUAUCAAGGGUGAUUGGAACGGUGCUGGUUGUCAUACCAACGUCAGUACUUUGGCAAUGCGACAACCAAAUGGUAUUGUGGAAAUCGAAAAGGCAAUCAACAAGAUGUCCAAACGUCAUAUGGAACAUAUUGAAGUUUAUGGUGAAGAUAACGAUCAACGAUUGACUGGAAAACAUGAAACUGGUCAUAUUGGUAGCUUUAGUUAUGGUGUGGCUAAUCGUGGGGCUUCCAUUCGUAUUCCUCGUCAUGUUGGUAAAGAAGGAAAAGGUUACUUUGAAGAUCGUCGUCCUGCUUCAAACAUUGAUCCUUAUCAAGUCACUGUGUGUAAAUAUCAAGGAAUGGAAAACGAUGAAUACUACAAUAUAGACUGUAUUCUUGCUGAACAUACGAAAAUACCCUGUGUAUUUCAACAAACUAUCGAUGCAGAGGUUAAUUUGACUGGAGAUGAAACUGAUGUAUCACCUGGAUCGAAAAUAGAACUUCCAUUUUGGUUGGCAAAAUCACUAGCACAAUUGACACUGGAAGAAAAUCAACAGUUGAUGCAAAUAGAGUUACCAAAAGCUUUUGGACCUCGUGUACGGAAUGCUUUGGAUGCAAGCCCUUCUUCAGUAGAUUAUCGCCUUCUUUGCCCUUUUUAUUAUGUAUUUGGUCACAAAUUAUUGGAUUUAGUGGUAUUACCAGAGUUGGCACAUGUCAUGGAAAGUGCAUUUAAAAGUCGAUUACGUGGGAUCAUGGAUUAUUCUCAAACAGGUGUCAAUGGAAUGGGACAGGAAUUUUUACAAAAACUGGAUGAAACAGAAAAAGAACUAUUCAAAUCUGGACAAGAAAGUGCAAUUCAGUUACGGCAUUGGUACAACAAGAAAUUAUUUACCCUAGAUUACAAAACAAUCAAAUAGAAAUAUACCGUUAUUUAAUAAAAUUACAAUUAUUAUUAUCAUCUAAAUGAUGGCAAAACUUG